UGAUGCGUUGGCAUUCUGGAGAAAUUUGGACCAAAGUGCGGAAAAUCUACCAAAGCUAUAUUGUCGUUCUCUGCGUGUAAACGGCUGCCAGGCAUUUUAUAAUGCAGAUCUACCUCCGCUAAGCGAUACAGUAUCGGAAAGAACUGCAGUGUCAAGACAGGAAGUAAGACUAGAAGGAAGGAUGGGGAAGAAGGAUGCCAGUACGACCAAGUUACCAGUCGAUCAGUACAGAAAACAGAUCGGUAAGCAAGACUACAAAAAGACCAAGUUUGCACUAAAGGCCACGCGGCUGAAGGCUGAGGCCAAGAAAAGUGGCACUGGAAUCAGGGACGUGUUUCUGGUCAUUGCAGCUGUCCUCCUCUUCCUGCUCUGUAUCUAUGCCUUUUUCUACCUCAACCUGAGCACCGAGCUCAACCUGGAUGUGGAUCUGGACUAACAUGAGGUGGACGUUGUG